AUGGCAGAUGUACUGAGAUGCCAAGAAAUGCUUGAAAUUCCCACCGUCACCGCUAGCCGAGCACAAUUUCUUGGAGGGCCAACGGGAAACGGCGCCGUUCCUUGUUCCUUGAAGAGAAAGAGACCCCCCAAGAUCGAGAUCCCGAAUGUCCUACAUGAUAUUUCGCCUGAUGUUUUCAAGAUGCGCGAAGCCUCCGUGUGCUUUGCCGACAAUGGCGUCGGUGUCUUCUCUGUCAAGGGCAAGAAAAAAUUUAUGGAGGAUGCGCACAGGGUUUUCUCGUCUGCAGAUGGUGAAAAGGUAUUUUUCGGGGUAUAUGAUGGGCAUGGAGGGAGUAAGGCUGCUGAGUUUGUGACUGAAAAUCUGCAUUCGAAGAUUUUCGAAAUGUUGAAUCGUUCGUCUGAAAAUAAAGGUAGAGAAGAAGCUGUUAAGGAAGGUUAUUUGAAAACAGAUGAGGAGUUCUUGAAACAGGGCUUGGGAAGUGGUGUAUGUUGUCUCACAGCUUUGAUUGAAGGUGAAGAAAUGAUUAUCUCAAACUUGGGAGAUUGCCGAGCAGUUUUAUGCAGGGGCGGCAUUGCGGAGGCCAUCACAACUGAUCAUAAGCCGGGAUUAGAGGAUGAGCGAAGCCGAAUACAAGAAAAGGGUGGGUAUGUGGAGUUUCAUCGUGGAGCUUGGAGGGUUCAUGGUACACUUGCGGUUUCAAGAAGCAUUGGUGACUCUCAUUUAAAGGAUUGGGUAAUAGCUGAGCCUGAUACAAAGGUUUUACGUUUAACGCCCGACAUGGAAUACCUCGUGUUAGCCUCUGAUGGGCUUUGGGAAGAGGUAAGCAAUCAAGAAGCCGUGGAGAUAGUUACACGGCUGUGCUCCAAGAAACAAGCCGUCAAAUUAUCUUCCCCAGUAAAAGAGGUUCGGUCAAGUUUUAGCUCUUUGUCAAAUUCACCAAGAACUCUCCUCCUUGCAAAAAAUACGACAUUCUCCCACAUGGCACACAAAGCAUGCACUUAUCACCAGAAAACAAGCCGAGACGAACGAUAUUGCGAAAAUGCGAGUCCACCAUCCAAGUCUCAAAGGAUAUCGUUGGAAAGACAAAAGAAGAUAGAUUUGAACAACGAGAAUGAGUUCUUGGGUGAUAUAUCGAGUCAUGACGGUCUUUUUGGUGCUUGCAAGGAGCUCGUCAACCUUGCUGUAGCUCGAGACUCGACUCCCUCUCGAAUGGUCACCACCGGGACCAACACCAGAAGACCCACACUCAGUCCUUCCCCCAACACUACUAGCGAUCACAACCGAAACAACCGUUGCCCCGCCAACCCAACAACACAUGAACUGGGGAAAAACCAGAAGAGCUUCGACCGAUGA